GCGGGACGAACUCCUGCCAAACCUUCGGCCGAGGUGCCCCGACGCCCGCCCUCUAAACAAGGCGCGACAAAACCUUGUACUCUCUCAAGCGACUCUUCGCUUUCUUUUUUUUCGGUUCUCCCACCUGUCGCCCGUCCCCCUUUACGUUUCGACCUACUUCCCGCUCUCCCUGCCCUCCGUCCCCGCGAAUCCCUCAUUUCUAUUUUUCAUUUCCGAUCCUUCUGAAUUCUUCCAUUUUUAUGCUCCAAUUGUUUCAAUUCCUUCGCUUGCUAUCCUUCCCAUUUUUGAUUCUUCAUAGGGGGCAGUUUUUCCGUCUUGCGAUUUACUUCACGAAUAUAGUUGGAAAAAUUCGAUUUUUUUGGCUCCACUUGAUUAAAUAAUUGUUUUAUUUUUUAAUUCGGGGGAUGGGAAGGGAGGCUUCCUCGGAGGGCGGUGCGAGGAGUAACGGGAGGCGAGGGGAUAACACCAUUCGUCCACCUGAGAUAAAUCCCACGGCGCCGGCGCCGCCGCGGCGCGGCGGGGGCGACGAUUUCCGGCCGUUCCGGAGAUGGUUCCCGUGGCUGGUACCCCUGUUCGUUGUGGCGAACAUCGUCGUGUUCGGGGUCACCAUGUACAUCAACGACUGCCCGGAUAAAUCUCGGUCCUGCGUCCUCGACUUCCUCGGGAGGUUCUCGUUCCAGCCCCUCAAGGAGAAUCCCCUCUUUGGGCCCUCGUCCGCCACGCUACUGAAGAUGGGGGCUCUAGAUGUGGAAAAAGUGGUUCACGGUAACCAAGGAUGGCGCCUUAUCACAUGCAUGUGGUUACAUGCUGGGGUCGUCCAUGUACUUGCCAAUAUGCUGAGUCUCCUAUUUAUUGGCAUUCGACUUGAGCGAGAAUUUGGAUUUGUGAGAAUUGGCCCAUUAUAUGUCAUUGCUGGCUUCGGUGGGAGCUUGCUUUCUGCUCUUUUUAUCCAAACAAGUAUCUCUGUUGGAGCUUCUGGUGCUCUUUUUGGAUUACUAGGAGCAAUGCUUUCAGAACUGAUAACAAACUGGACAAUUUAUGCAAAUAAGUUUGCAGCAUUAUUGACCCUUGUCAUCAUCAUUGCAAUUAACCUAGCUGUUGGGAUCCUUCCACAUGUCGACAACUUUGCUCAUGUCGGAGGAUUUAUUACUGGGUUUUUUCUUGGUUUUGUUAUUCUUAUUCGCCCUCAGUUUGGGUAUAUCAGCCAAAAGAAUGCUCCUCUUGGACAUUAUAGUGGUUCAAUCAAACGGAAGCACAAGAGGUACCAGUAUGUAUUAUGGAUCAUUGCAGCUAUUGCACUAAUAGUAGGGUUCACCGUUGGCCUAGGUAUGCUAUUCAGAGGGGUCAAUGCAAAUGAACACUGCUCGUGGUGCCAUUAUCUGAGCUGUAUCCCCACUUCAAAAUGGAGUUGCAAGGCACAAUCUAAGUCCUGCUUGACAUCACAAAGUGGGCAUAAGUUGAAUUUGACAUGCCAGGAUAAUGGGAAAACCAAAGUGUUCGACUUAUCUAGCAUGACCGAUGCUGCUUCUCAGAUUUACGACCUGUGUGUCGAGCUUUGCAGUUGACUAGGGAAUGAUAUUUCGGUGCUGUACCAUCACCAAUUCAUUACAUAUGCAGGAAGAUGAUGCAUUGAUAUGCAGCUUAUACUACGAGUUUGUAAUGUUCUGGGAAUGCAAUAUGUUCUUUUCUGUAAUAUCAUUUGAUUGCAGGGAAACAUCACAUUUAAAAAUAAUUGCUUGUAUUUUCUCCACAUAAAAAAAAAGAGAAACUGCUUUCAGUGUUCUUUGCCCAUACGUAGGCCACAAUAGAAGGUUCAAUCCUGUUUUGCUAUGGAUUGAUGGGAAGGGUCAGAAGAUUGUUAUCAGAGUGAAUUAUAAUAUCUUCAAAUGCCAUUUGUACUCUAGAUCAAGCCACUUUCACAAUCAGAUAAUUGUCAUGCAGCCAAGAUGGACACUUGAAUCUGCAGCUUUUCAAUUCAUCUUGAAGCAAGAAUGUCAGAGCUUGCCAUGGAUGCUAACUGUUUCAACUCCAAACACAUUAGUGCUACUGUAAACAGGCUUUGUGUCUCUUCUCCAAUAAUGUGUUAUAAUAAUGCCCUGGACUAUUAUAGCUGUUA